UGACCCUAGAAGUUCUGUCCAUCACAGUUACAAACAGAGUCAAUGACAAACAACGACCUGGAACAAGUCUGACCUAGUGACAUGGAUCCAACCCGCCUCCAUUAGCACAGGGAGUUCAUAGCAACGGACCAACUAUCCCAGCCAUCUCCCACCCGGUGGAAUUGAGAAGGUCUUCCAAGUAUUCCAUCCAAUGACGUUCCCAGUUGAGGUGUACUGCGACAUGGACUCGCUCGGAGGAGGAUGGACGGUGUUCCAGAGGAGGAUGGACGGCACGGUGAACUUCUACCGAGGCUGGGACCAGUACAAGAUGGGCUUCGGGACCGCUGGUGGAGAGUACUGGCUCGGUCUGGAGAAUCUCUUCCACCUCAGUCUGCGGAAGAAGUACGAGCUGCUGGUUGACAUGGAGGACUUUGAAGGGAACAAGGCCUCUGCUCGUUACUCCUCCUUCUCCGUCAGCCCAGAGUCCUUUGGAUACACACUGCAUGUGUCUGGAUUCACUAAUGGAGGGGCAGGAGACUCUCUGAGUUAUCACAAUGGACAGAAGUUCUCCACAUUCGACAAAGACCAGGACUCCUGGGGGACUAACUGUGCCAGAUCAAGACUGGGGGCGUUCUGGUACAACGCCUGUUACCAUGCAAACCCUAACGCGGUUUACCGCUGGGGGGUUGAUGCCACCAUCAACUAUGUCGGAGUGGAGUGGUACACCUGGAAGGGCAGGAACUACUCCCUGAAGACCAUCAGCAUGAAGAUCCGUCCGGUUCAGUAGACCUGCAGGACAGAGCUGAUCUCUCCUUUCUCUCAUCUGCCGUGUAAUGCCAUGAUCUUUGAAUGUAAAACACGGAGCACAGGCUUACGUGAAGAUUUCCACAUUAAACUCCGAUC